UCUGCUCCUUCCCGGGUCCCUGCCGCGCGCCCGCCUCAGUCCCUAGGCCUGAGGACUGGGAGGAUGGGGCUGAGCCGCUUGCCUGACUUUUGAGUGCCACCCGUAAUUACUUUUCCCGUGUGGCGCGUGGGCCGUCGCUAGAGGCUUCCCCGUGCAUCGUGCGGUUCGAUCCCCUGCGGAGUGCGGUGAGGCCUACCGGGCCGGUUCUGUCAGGGUUUGUGAUAACAUUCCCACCACCACCCCGUUGCAGCAAAGGAAAUUGAGGCUGAGGGACUGGGCCCAAGGACGGCGAGCCGUGGCCGCGCCUCCAGUCCAGGCCUCUCAGUGCUGCUCAUGGAUUAACCAGACUGAAUGGUCUAAAGGGUGAAGAGGGUACGUUUCAUUCAGAUGCUUCUGGAACGUCGAAAUUGUCUUCUUUGGAAAGAACCAUCAUCCCCUUUGGGCUUCAGAGGCCCAAAUUGAGGCGCAAUGAUGACAGGAUGUGGUGGUCUACUCUGAUGUCAAUCUUGAGGGCUAGUUCUUUUUGGAGGUGGAUAUCUGCUCAAACAGUAAGAAUUAUAAGAGCUCUGAGAGCUCAUUUCAAAGGAAUAAUGGAUGAACCGUCUCCCUUGGCCAAACCUCUGGAGCUGAACCAGCACUCCCGAUUCAUAAUUGGUUCUGUGUCUGAAGAUAACUCAGAGGAUGAGAUCAGCAACUUGGUGAAGCUGGACCUGCUAGAGGAGAAGGAGGGUUCUCUGUCACCCGCUUCUGUCGGCUCAGAUACACUCUCUGAUUUGGGAAUCUCUAGCCUGCAGGAUGGCUUGGCCUUACACAUAAGGUCCAGCAUGUCUGGAUUGCACCUAGUAAAGCAAGGCCGAGACCGAAAGAAAAUCGACUCUCAGAGAGAUUUCACUGUGGCUUCUCCAGCAGAAUUUGUUACGCGCUUUGGGGGAAAUAAAGUGAUUGAGAAGGUUCUUAUUGCCAACAAUGGCAUUGCAGCGGUGAAAUGCAUGCGGUCUAUUCGUAGGUGGUCUUAUGAAAUGUUUCGAAAUGAGCGUGCAAUCCGAUUCGUUGUCAUGGUCACCCCUGAAGACCUUAAAGCCAAUGCAGAAUACAUUAAGAUGGCAGAUCACUAUGUGCCAGUUCCUGGAGGACCAAACAACAACAACUAUGCAAAUGUGGAAUUAAUUCUUGAUAUUGCUAAAAGGAUCCCGGUACAAGCAGUAUGGGCUGGCUGGGGUCAUGCUUCUGAAAAUCCCAAGCUCCCGGAACUUCUCUUGAAAAAUGGCAUUGCCUUUAUGGGUCCUCCAAGCCAGGCCAUGUGGGCUUUGGGGGAUAAGAUUGCAUCUUCUAUAGUGGCUCAAACUGCUGGUAUCCCAACUCUUCCCUGGAGCGGUAGUGGUCUUCGUGUGGACUGGCAGGAAAAUGAUUUUUCAAAACGUAUCUUAAAUGUUCCUCAGGAACUAUAUGAAAAAGGUUAUGUGAAAGAUGUGGACGAUGGGCUGAAGGCAGCAGAGGAAGUAGGAUAUCCAGUAAUGAUCAAGGCCUCAGAAGGAGGUGGAGGGAAGGGAAUCAGAAAAGUCAAUAAUGCAGAUGACUUCCCUAACCUUUUCCGACAGGUUCAAGCUGAAGUCCCUGGAUCUCCUAUAUUUGUAAUGAGACUAGCCAAACAAUCUCGUCAUCUGGAGGUGCAGAUCCUAGCAGAUCAAUAUGGCAAUGCUAUCUCUCUGUUUGGUCGUGACUGCUCCGUACAGCGCAGGCAUCAAAAGAUUAUUGAAGAGGCACCUGCUGCUAUUGCUACUCCAGCAGUAUUUGAACAUAUGGAACAGUGUGCGGUGAAACUUGCCAAAAUGGUUGGUUAUGUGAGUGCUGGGACUGUGGAAUACCUGUACAGCCAGGAUGGCAGCUUCUACUUUCUAGAAUUGAAUCCUCGGCUACAGGUGGAGCAUCCUUGUACAGAGAUGGUGGCUGAUGUCAAUCUCCCUGCAGCACAACUCCAGAUUGCCAUGGGGAUCCCUCUAUAUAGAAUCAAAGAUAUCCGUAUGAUGUAUGGGGUAUCCCCCUGGGGCGACACUCCCGUUGAUUUUGAAAAUUCUGCUCAUGUUCCUUGCCCAAGGGGCCAUGUUAUUGCUGCUCGGAUCACUAGUGAAAAUCCAGAUGAGGGUUUUAAGCCCAGCUCAGGAACAGUUCAGGAACUAAAUUUCCGCAGCAAUAAGAACGUUUGGGGUUAUUUCAGUGUUGCUGCUGCAGGGGGACUUCAUGAAUUUGCUGAUUCUCAGUUCGGUCACUGCUUUUCCUGGGGAGAAAACAGAGAGGAAGCAAUUUCGGGUCAAGUCCUUCCUGCUCAUACGCUUCUGAAUACAGUAGAUGUUGAACUUAUCUAUGAGGGAGUGAAAUACGUGCUUAAGGUUACUCGACAGUCCCCCAACUCCUAUGUGGUGAUCAUGAAUGGCUCAUGUGUGGAAGUAGAUGUACAUCGGCUGAGUGACGGAGGACUGCUUUUGUCCUAUGAUGGCAGCAGUUACACUACGUACAUGAAGGAGGAAGUAGAUAGAUAUCGCAUCACGAUUGGUAAUAAAACCUGUGUGUUUGAGAAGGAAAAUGACCCAUCGGUGAUGCGCUCACCUUCUGCUGGGAAGUUAAUCCAGUACAUUGUGGAGGAUGGAGGUCAUGUGUUUGCUGGCCAGUGCUAUGCUGAGAUUGAGGUGAUGAAGAUGGUAAUGACUUUAACAGCUGCAGAGUCUGGCUGUAUCCAUUACAUCAAGCGGCCUGGAGCAGCUCUUGACCCUGGCUGUGUAAUAGCCAAAAUGCAGCUGGACAACCCCAGCAAGGUUCAGCAGGCUGAGCUUCACACGGGUAGUCUGCCACGGAUCCAGAGCACGGCACUUAGAGGCGAGAAGCUCCAUCGAGUGUUCCACUACGUCCUGGAUAAUCUGGUCAACAUAAUGAAUGGAUACUGCCUUCCAGAUCCUUUCUUUAGCAGCAGGGUAAAAGACUGGGUAGAGCGGUUGAUGAAGACCCUCAGAGAUCCCUCUCUUCCUCUCCUAGAAUUGCAAGAUAUCAUGACCAGUGUCUCUGGCCGUAUCCCUCCCAAUGUGGAGAAGUCUAUCAAGAAGGAAAUGGCUCAGUAUGCUAGCAACAUCACAUCAGUCCUCUGUCAGUUUCCAAGCCAACAGAUUGCCAACAUCCUAGAUAGCCAUGCAGCUACAUUGAACCGGAAAUCUGAACGGGAAGUUUUCUUCAUGAACACUCAGAGCAUUGUCCAACUGGUUCAGAGGUACCGAAGUGGCAUCCGAGGCCACAUGAAGGCCGUGGUGAUGGAUCUGCUCCGGCAGUACCUGCGAGUAGAGACACAAUUCCAGAAUGGUCACUAUGACAAAUGUGUGUUUGCCCUUCGGGAAGAGAACAAGAGUGACAUGAACACUGUACUGAACUACAUCUUCUCUCAUGCUCAAGUCACCAAGAAGAAUCUUCUGGUCACAAUGCUUAUUGAUCAGUUGUGUGGCCGGGACCCUACUCUCACUGAUGAGCUACUGAAUAUCCUCACUGAGCUAACCCAACUCAGUAAGACCACCAAUGCUAAAGUGGCGCUUCGAGCACGCCAGGUUCUUAUUGCCUCCCAUUUGCCAUCCUAUGAGCUUCGCCAUAACCAAGUCGAGUCUAUCUUCCUAUCAGCUAUUGACAUGUACGGACAUCAGUUCUGCAUUGAGAACCUACAGAAACUCAUCCUAUCUGAAACAUCUAUUUUUGAUGUCCUACCAAACUUCUUCUAUCACAGCAACCAGGUAGUGAGGAUGGCAGCUCUGGAGGUGUAUGUUCGAAGGGCUUAUAUCGCCUAUGAACUUAACAGUGUGCAGCACCGCCAGCUUAAGGACAACACCUGUGUGGUGGAAUUCCAGUUCAUGCUGCCCACAUCUCAUCCAAACAGAGGGAACAUCCCCACGCUAAACAGAAUGUCCUUCUCCUCCAACCUCAACCACUAUGGCAUGACUCAUGUAGCUAGUGUCAGCGAUGUGCUAUUGGACAACUCAUUCACUCCACCGUGUCAGCGUAUGGGCGGAAUGGUCUCUUUUCGGACUUUUGAGGAUUUUGUCAGGAUCUUCGAUGAAGUGAUGGGCUGCUUCUGUGAUUCCCCACCCCAGAGCCCCACAUUCCCUGAGGCAGGUCACACGUCGCUGUAUGAUGAAGAUAAGGUCCCCAGGGAUGAACCAAUUCACAUUCUGAAUGUGGCUAUCAAGACUGACUGUGAUAUUGAGGAUGACAGAUUAGCAGCUAUGUUCAGAGAGUUUACCCAGCAAAACAAGGCUACCCUGGUUGAGCACGGGAUCCGCCGCCUUACUUUCCUGGUUGCACAAAAGGAUUUCAGAAAACAGGUCAACUAUGAGGUGGAUCAGAGAUUCCAUAGAGAAUUCCCUAAAUUUUUCACAUUCCGAGCGAGAGAUAAGUUUGAGGAGGAUCGUAUCUAUCGUCACCUGGAGCCUGCUCUGGCUUUCCAGUUAGAGCUGAACCGGAUGAGAAAUUUUGACCUCACUGCCAUUCCGUGUGCGAAUCACAAGAUGCACCUGUAUCUCGGGGCAGCCAAAGUGGAAGUGGGCACAGAAGUGACAGACUACAGGUUCUUUGUUCGUGCUAUCAUCAGACAUUCCGAUCUGGUCACCAAGGAAGCUUCUUUUGAAUAUCUACAAAAUGAAGGGGAGCGACUCCUUCUGGAAGCCAUGGAUGAGUUGGAAGUUGCUUUUAACAAUACAAAUGUCCGCACUGACUGUAACCACAUCUUCCUCAACUUUGUGCCCACAGUCAUCAUGGACCCAUCAAAGAUUGAAGAAUCUGUGCGGAGCAUGGUAAUGCGCUAUGGAAGUCGGCUGUGGAAAUUACGCGUCCUCCAGGCAGAACUGAAAAUCAACAUUCGCCUGACACCAACUGGAAAAGCAAUUCCUAUCCGCCUCUUCCUGACAAACGAGUCUGGCUAUUACUUGGACAUCAGCCUCUACAAGGAAGUGACUGACUCCAGGACAGCCCAGAUCAUGUUUCAGGCAUAUGGAGACAAACAGGGACCACUGCAUGGAAUGUUAAUCAAUACUCCAUAUGUGACCAAAGACCUGCUUCAAUCAAAGAGGUUCCAGGCACAGUCCUUAGGGACAACAUACAUAUAUGAUAUUCCAGAGAUGUUUCGGCAGUCCCUGAUCAAACUCUGGGAGUCUAUGUCCACUCAAGUAUUCCUUCCCUCACCUCCUCUGCCAUCUGACAUACUGACAUAUACCGAGCUAGUGUUGGACGAUCAAGGUCAGCUGGUACACAUGAACAGGCUUCCAGGAGGAAAUGAGAUUGGCAUGGUAGCUUGGAAAAUGACCCUGAAAAGUCCUGAAUAUCCAGAAGGCCGAGAUAUCAUUGUUAUUGGCAAUGACAUCACAUACCGAAUUGGGUCCUUUGGGCCUCAAGAGGAUUUGUUGUUUCUCAGAGCUUCGGAACUUGCCAGGGCAGAGGGUAUUCCACGCAUUUAUGUAGCAGCCAACAGUGGAGCAAGAAUUGGACUGGCAGAAGAAAUUCGUCAUAUGUUUCAUGUGGCCUGGGUAGAUCCUGAGGAUCCUUACAAGGGAUACAAGUAUUUAUAUCUGACCCCUCAAGAUUAUAAGAGAGUCAGUGCUCUCAACUCUGUCCAUUGUGAGCACGUGGAGGAUGAAGGAGAAUCCAGGUACAAGAUAACAGAUAUUAUUGGGAAAGAAGAGGGCAUUGGAGCAGAGAACCUUCGAGGUUCUGGAAUGAUUGCUGGAGAAUCAUCAUUGGCCUAUGAUGAGAUCAUCACCAUCAGCCUGGUGACAUGCCGGGCCAUUGGGAUUGGGGCUUACCUUGUCCGGCUGGGACAGAGAACCAUCCAGGUUGAGAAUUCUCACCUAAUUCUGACAGGAGCUGGAGCUCUCAACAAAGUCCUCGGGCGGGAGGUGUACACCUCCAAUAACCAGCUUGGAGGCAUCCAGAUCAUGCACAAUAAUGGAGUGACCCACUGCACCGUUUGCGAUGACUUUGAAGGGGUUUUCACUGUCCUGUACUGGCUGUCCUACAUGCCUAAGAGCGUGCACAGUUCAGUUCCUCUUCUGAGCUCCAAGGAUCCCAUAGAUAGAAUCAUCGAGUUUGUUCCCACAAAGGCCCCAUAUGAUCCUCGAUGGAUGCUGGCAGGCCGUCCUCACCCAACCCAUAAAGGUCAGUGGUUGAGUGGAUUUUUUGACUAUGGCUCUUUCUCGGAGAUUAUGCAGCCCUGGGCACAGACGGUGGUGGUUGGUAGGGCCAGGCUAGGAGGAAUACCUGUGGGAGUCGUUGCCGUAGAAACCCGAACAGUAGAACUAAGUAUCCCAGCUGAUCCUGCAAACCUGGAUUCUGAAGCCAAGAUAAUCCAGCAAGCUGGCCAGGUUUGGUUCCCAGACUCUGCAUUUAAGACCUACCAGGCUAUCAAGGACUUCAACCGUGAAGGGCUGCCUCUGAUGGUCUUUGCCAACUGGAGAGGCUUCUCGGGUGGGAUGAAAGAUAUGUAUGACCAAGUGCUAAAGUUUGGUGCCUACAUCGUGGACAGCUUGAGGGAGUGCUCCCAGCCUGUGUUGGUUUACAUCCCUCCCCAGGCCGAGCUGCGGGGUGGCUCCUGGGUUGUGAUUGACCCCACCAUCAACCCCCGGCACAUGGAGAUGUAUGCUGAUCGAGAAAGCAGGGGAUCAGUUCUGGAGCCAGAAGGGACAGUAGAAAUCAAAUUCCGCAGAAAGGAUCUAGUGAAAACCAUGCGUCGGGUGGACCCAGUCUACAUCCGCUUGGCUGAGCGAUUGGGCACCCCAGAGCUAAGCCUAGCUGAGCGGAAGGAUCUGGAGAACAAGUUGAAGGAGCGGGAGGAAUUCCUAAUUCCCAUUUACCAUCAGGUAGCUGUGCAGUUUGCUGACUUGCACGACACACCAGGCCGGAUGCAGGAGAAGGGUGUUAUUAAUGACAUCCUUGAUUGGAAAACAUCCCGUACGUUCUUCUACUGGCGGCUAAGGCGUCUCCUGCUGGAGGAGCUGGUCAAGAAGAAAAUCCACAAUGCCAACCCCGAGCUGACCGAUGGCCAGAUCCAGGCCAUGUUAAGGCGCUGGUUUGUGGAAGUGGAAGGAACAGUGAAGGCCUAUGUUUGGGACAAUAAUAAGGAUCUUGUGGAAUGGCUGGAGAAACAGCUGACAGAGGAAGAUGGUGUUCGCUCAGUGAUAGAGGAAAACAUCAAGUGUAUCAGCAGAGACUACGUCCUCAAGCAGAUCCGCAGCUUGGUCCAGGCCAAUCCAGAGGUUGCCAUGGAUUCCAUCGUCCACAUGACCCAGCACAUCUCACCCACUCAGCGAGCAGAAGUCAUACGGAUCCUCUCCACAAUGGAUUCCCCGUCCACGUAGGAAGAGCUUCCUGCCCAUCCCCGCCCUGGCUCUGGACAAAAGGGCUAGACCUGCCUUUUACGACUGAAACCACUAUAAUAAGAAGGCACAGGAGACCCAGCA